AGAGACGGACGGCAGCCGGCGCGUCUGCGCAUCUAUCACCGCCGAAAAACUUCUCGCACUGUGGAUCAAUAAUCUGAUUAUCACCUUUUAUCACUUAUUUUCCUUUUUGUGUCCUUUAACACAAAUGCCACAAAGGAAAAGAAGAAGAAGAAGAAACCUCUCCACCAGCUGUUAUUCUUCACCUUCUUCUCACUUCGCACCUACUCUGAGCGCUCGGGCGUCCGGCCAGCAGGAGAUGAAAAGCUGCCAAUGAGAGAAUUCUGUGUUGAGUCCCGGCCAUGGCUGCCCAUCGCAUCAUCAGAGUGACGAACAACAAUCACAUCCUCCCUCGCUGCAAGUCUGAGGGGACGCUCAUCGACCUUAGUGAGGGGGUCACCGGGGCCAGUCUUAACGAUGUCAAAGUGCCUUCUCCGAGUGCCUUAAGGCUGGACACUUCAGCCUCCUAUGGAGCUGCACAGGAAGUGGUCGCUAUAAAGGAUUAUUGCCCCAGCAGCUUCACCACGCUGAAGUUCUCCAAAGGAGAUCGCCUCUAUGUGUUGGACACGUCCGGUGGAGAGUGGUGGUACGCCCACAACAACACAGAAAUGGGCUACAUCCCAGCAGCGUACGUCCAGCCGGUCAACUUCAGGAACUCUUCGUUUAGCGACAGUGGGAUGAUUGACAGUCUUGGGGAGGGAUAUGAGGAUGGGUCGAAGGAGUUUGGAGGUUUGGGGGAGUGGACAGGGAUGACUCUUAAGCCAUCACCAACUUACAACAACAGCCCCUUCUCUGUGAACCCCUUUAUCCGUCCGUUAGAUCAAAACUGCAAAGAUUUAAGUGUGAGGAACUCAACGGACCUAAUCCUCUUUGAUGCACUGGCAUCUCCAUCAUCUUGCUCAAACUUUACCACCAGUACAAUCAUGACCAAUGGGUUCAGCAGCUGCCACAUUAACAAUACCACGCCCACCAGCCCAAACCAAGAGGUUGUCCCUAAUCUGCACAGGGAUAACCCGUUUUUCAGGAGUAAACGUUCCCAUAGUCUCUCUGAACUUUCAGUUCUGCAAGCGCAGUCGAAUCCGACUUUACCUUCUUCGGGAUUCUUCACAGGCCUUAAGGCUCCUUCGCCGGAGCAGUUUCAAAGCAGGGAGGACUUCAGGACUGCUUGGUUGAACCACAGAAAGCUAGCCAGGUCUUGCCAUGACCUUGAUUCCCUGGGCCAGAGUCCUGGGUGGGGCCAGACGCAGCCGGUGGAGACCAACAUUGUGUGCAGGUUGGACAGUAGCGGAGGAGUUGUUCAGCUUCCAGACACCCAAAUCAGCAUCCACAUCCCCGAAGGCCACGUCAGCCAUGGAGACCACCAGCAGAUCUCCAUGAAAGCCUUACUAGACCCUCCUCUGGAGCUCAACAGUGACCACUGCUCCACCGUCAGCCCCGUGGUGGAGAUCAAGCUGAGCAACAUGGAGACCAAGUCCUUUAUCACGUUGGAGAUGAAGGUACUGGUAACUGUCAAGAGGGAGAGUUGUCACACUGCAGAGGUGCUUUGCGUUCGCAGUGACUGCAAAGAAGGACCUUACACGCCCAUCCCUAACGCUUACAUUUACAAGGAUACAGUCCAGGUACAGCUGGAUAGUCUGGAGCCAUGUAUGUAUGUGGCGGUUGUGGUUCAGUCACAAUACAUCAGCCACAACACCACUGUUUGGGACCAUGUGCAGAGGAAAGUAACUCUUGGCGUCUACGGACCCAAACACAUUCACCCUUCCUUCAAGGCAGUUGUGGCCAUGUUUGGGCAUGACUGCGCCCCUAAGACCUUGUUGGUAAACGAGGUGGGCCGGCAGGCUAGCUCCAGCCCACCAGUUGCCCUCCAGCUGUGGGGGAAGCACCAGUUUGUUCUGGGCUACCCUCAGGACCUCCAGGUGGGAUUGUACUCCAACAUGUCUAACUACCAGGUGAAGGCGAGUGAGGGUGCAGGGGUGAUUCGUGGAUUUCAGGUUAAAUUGGGGAAAGUUAGCAGGCUCCUGUACAUGAUCACAUCACACAACCCCAACAGCAUCUCAGACUUCACUCUCAGGGUCCAAGUCAAGGAUGCCCUUGACUGUAUCCUCACCCAGUUUUGCGUCCAAACUCCACCACCGCCACCAAAGAGCGGAGCAAGGAUAACAGGCCAGAGGAGGUUUCUAAAAAAGAAAGAGGUGGAUAAGAUUGUCCUCUCACCGCUGGCUGUCACUUCCAAAUACCCAAAGUUUCAGGACCGGUGCAUUAUCAACCUUAAAUUUGGCAAGUUGAUCAAAACAGUGAUUAGGCAGCACAAGAGCACUUAUCUGUUGGAGUACAAAAAGGGGGACGUUAUUGCUUUGCUCAGCGAGGAGAAAAUCAAACUGCGAGGGCAGCUGAGGACCAAAGAGUGGUACAUUGGAUACUAUCAGGGGAAGAUAGGCCUUGUCCAUGCCAAGAACGUUUUAGUUCUGGGUAAGGUCAAGCCCAUUUAUUGGUGUGGGCCGGACCUAACGACCACAAUGCUGCUGGAGCAGAUCCUGAAGCCUUGCAAAUUUCUUACAUACAUCUACGCAACGGUGAGGACGGUUUUAAUGGAGAAUGUGGGCAACUGGAGGGCGUUUGCAGAUGCCCUGGGGUACGGGAAUUUGCCGCUGAAUUAUUUUUGCCGGACAGAGCUGGACAAUGAGCCAGAGAAGGUGGCGUCGGUUCUGGAGAAACUCAAAGAGGAGUGUACAAACAUGGAGAACAAGGAGAGGAAGUCCUUCCAGAGGGAACUCAUGAUGGCGCUGCUGAAGAUGGACUGCCAGGGUCUGGUUGCCCGACUGGUCCUGGAUUUCGUCUUGUUGACCACAGCGGUGGAGGUGGCGUUCCGGUGGAGGGAGCUUGCUGAGAAACUAGCUCGAGUGUCAAGACAGCAGAUGGAGGCUUACGAGGCUCCGCACCGCGACAAGAACGGCCUAUUGGACAAUGAGUCCAUGUGGAAGCCAGCCUACGACUUCCUCCUGACGUGGGCCGCCCAUGUGGGGGACAGCUACCGAGAUGUGAUCCAGGAGCUCCACCUCGGCCUGGACAAGAUGAGGAACCCCAUCACCAAGAGGUGGAAGCACCUUACCGGCACGCUAAUCCUUGUCAACUGCCUCGAUACGCUGCGCAGUGCCGCCUUCUGUCCCACGGGAUAUGGAGAUUUUGCGGUGUGAACAUUUUCAUCCACCUGGAGAACAACUUUCUUUGCGUCGUGGUGGGAGUUACUGGAGGUACUUGGCCCUAAGAGUUUUAUCUUGGACGGUUUGACAGGACGACAUUGAGGACACAAAGUUUGGGAUUGAACCUUUGACCGUCCAGUUCAGGAUGUGAGAUCUGUACAUCCUGGUCUCUUGUUUGGAGUCUUGGAUCGGCAUCAUCGGUGGCAGCAUUGGUAGUUCUUAAUAAGCGCCAGGUGGAGAUACACCUGCGGACGAUUUCUAGCAUUGAACAAGUCAAUGUGAAACUGGAGGAUUUUAUGUUACGUUUUCCUUUUAUUUUUACUCUUCUUCAUCUCUUUAUUACCUCACCCUUUGUCUUUACCACUUUCUGUCUUUGUUUCUGUUGACGUAUUCUAUAUCUGUCUGUUUUUUGCUAUCCUACACUAUUACGUUCUCUUCCAGUUUGUAUGAUUUGCUCUGUUUCCACAUCUCUCUCAGGACAACAUCAGAGACCUCAACCACUGCAGUACAUAUCCACACAUACUGUGACCUCUCCGCUAUCUUUAAAAGCUCCCCCAAUACCGAACUGAACCUCCGUUUGCAAGCCAAAUUUUUGAACACUUUCCCUCCAUUUCUGACUGGCAGUUUUUAUUCUUUCAUUGUUUCUCACUUAUCUCAAAAGAGGGCAGAGCAGAUGACUUUAGUCAGGAUCAGAAAUUGUUUCACACAUUCAAACAUCAAGAGCAUCUGUCAGUAAUUAGCUUGCCAAAAACAGUUAGCACAAUGUUAACUCGACAUGUGACUCGGUGUAGUCCAUGCAGUAAAGGUACAGUAUAUCUAUUUAUGCAAGAUAUACGUCUAUUUUUUAUACCUGCAGAACAAUAGAGAUGAAUAUAUUAUCGACAGUGUUAUUCUUGUGCACUUCUCUUGCUUUGGUUUGUCAUUUCCACCAUUUUUCAUUUUUUGCGCAAGAAUGCUACAGUAGGAAAUUCAGAGUCGAAUUUGAUAACCUCGAUUUCUUCUGUCCAGCUAAAGACACAAAAACAUGGGACACAAGUUUUUAGCGAAGCAUCGAGAUCGAGUUUCCUUUUUCAGGCAUGAAUUCCUACAUUUAUUGGAAGUACUUCCAGUAUUUUGCACACACUACAGUUUGUAUGAUAUGCUACAAAUUAGCGCCCCAUGAAUGACGUUACAUCCCUAACGUAAAGUUUUGUAAUUGACGCAAAGUUAUCAAGGUUAGGUUUAGGAAAAGCAACAUGGUGAGGACGUACCUUCAAAUGACUCAAAGUUCAGACAAUUCUGAACGCCAGUCUCCUGGGAGUGAAAGUCCUGUGUUUUUUGACCACGUGCCCCUCUUUCAUCCCAAAACUAAACCAAAAUAUCGCCGCCAUCUUUCACUGGGGCAUUUGAAGCCAGAGUCUGCACAGUAGCGACUGCUGUGGUAUCAAGUUUCUGCCGAUACACCCGUCCAACCAAUCGAGAGCAACGCCAUUGAAUGCGAGCACAACAACUGGCACACAUAGCUGUCAAUCAUGUUGUCACACUCCGUUUUUAUUGCAUCAAAUAAGUUAUUAAAACCAAAAUGAUCGGAAAAAAUGUGUUUGACGUGGUACCAUGGAGGACACGGGGUAUACGACCUGUGGGUUCAGGACAGGCCGCCACUGUUUACUACUUAAAUAAAUGAAACAUGACUUUAAACUGUGAAAAUAUACAGACAUACAAGUUUAUAUUUAAAGAAGUCUUUUGUCUCUGAUUUGUGUUCUCAAGCAUUUUGUCUUUGAUUUUAUGAUCUCAGCAAGUUCAGUCAAUCAGCUUUGAUGCUUUUAUCGUUAAUUUCCACGUCUGUGUUUUUGUCUUUAAGUCUUUCAUUCAGUGUCUGUUCUUGUUUCGUUUCAGUAUGUUUUGUGACGGCUGCAGUGUUCCCGUAUCUGUUUGGAAUAUGAACUCGCUCUGAGCAGAAAAUGUGUGAGGACUUUAUAUAUUUGUACUGAAUGCUGAUUGAGUGUUGACACAUUGUUGAUGCGGUGUCGUGUCUCCUGUGACAGGUCGCAGAGCUGAAAUCUGUUCAGAAGGUUUCAAUAAAAGUGAAAAUUGAAAA